AAACCGCACGAAAUGAACCACGAAGCUACCGUCAACCCGUUCGCACUGGAAGGAGACAUUCUGCAAGCCAAGCACGAUUCGGACCAAUUCCAUUUAAGUUUGGAGAAUGCCCUUAUCAAUAGUCGCAAUCUGCUACAAUCGCAAAUCGGAGAAAAUGGUGACAAUAUGUUUGCGCUAUUGAUGCGUCUCGUUUCCCGGAUCCUGUCGGAAAAAUCCGAACACGCAGUAAAUCUGUUCGAGGAAUACUGCCGACUGGUUAAACAGGGUCACUACAUCCACCCGGACUACAAACUAAGGGAUGUGACAGGAGCGGAACGUGACCGGCAGGUCACGUUUUCCAAGAAUCUCAUUCGACAGGUUCGGUCACUGGAAGAAUGUCCCGACCUAUCGGCAGCACCCACCGGUGAAGCAACCAUCGCCCAGCUCUCCCUUCUAUGGUCCCAAAUCGGAUUCGCACUUCCCCCUACGAUGGAUUAUUUCAUCGAUCGUCAGCUGGAACGGAUGCGUUGCCGUGAGCAAGUCAAACGCGUUCGUUUCUGGGGAGUCAUUCAUAACCUCAGCUCGGACUACUACAUAAUCGAACUGGAGCGGGACGAUCUGGAAGCGCUCCGGCUGGAGCGGGAGAUGAGCCGGGAAAAGGUGGUGCUGGCCGGGGACAUUAUUACUGGGCUGCUGCGAUUCUGCAUCUCCGAUGAUUCGAUUGUAUCCGAUUGGUGUGGAGCGGAAUCGAUGGUGGCGGACAUGUUGGAUUUUAUACUGGAAGAUUCGAUACCACCCAAUACGGAUGAGGAUCUGGCUAGGGCCGUGGCUGUUCCGACGAUGGAUGUUCUCAUUCGGGAGGCUGUUGACGUGGCACAGGAACCGGAGGUAGAACUUAGUGUUAUGGGAAGUUUGGAUGUGGUUUCCUGUAGUGCGACGAUGGCUGAUAGAUCCGAGUUGAGUUUGGAUGGGGUGAAAUUUGCGGCGGCCAAGAUGGUGCUGGAAGUUAAAUUGAAUGCGUUGAGAUAUUUUGUUUGUCGGGAUCCGAUCGGAGAGGAUUGGGUGGAGCUACCUGGGGUGAAUCUGGACAAAAUUAAGGCUUCUUGUAACGUGAGGUCAUAUUUUAAGGGAGAUCUGGCAACACCGAUCAGGGGCAGCGUGGGACGAAAAUUUCUUGAACGGGAACAGGACUAUUUACGAGCGGUUCUAGCUCGAAUUACUAUGGAUCAGGUUUCGAGAAGAUCCGAGUCACUGCUGUUUUCAAAGCGUGACGUUUCGGUGUACUACAAGGAGACGGGUUUUCCAAGUGACUGGAGUGUGCGGGAGCUCAACGGGCGGCAACCGUUGCCGAGGAUCGACUGGUAUCGCUCCAACAUUUGGCCAGGAUCGUUUGCUUUCGAUCUUGAUCAGAUUUACCAUGGAUGGGGGUUGGAGGAGAAUGCAGUGUUUUGUCGGAAGGGGUACUAGUGUGGAUUGGCUUUUCCGGGUACUGGUGCAUCAAACGGAAAGAUAUUGUCUGAUUUGGCGAACGACGGAUAGCUUAUUUAUAAUUAAUUCAUAUGGAAGCAAU